AUGCGCAUCGAGCAGGCGGCCUUUGUCGAGGGGGGCCCGCGCCCUGAUGAUAUUGAAGAGGCCAAGGCAAGUUCUGUCUUUGAGGAAAAUGCUGUUGGAUACAAGGAAUAUCGAGAGGGGCUCUCUAUCGAACUUACCGCACAAGACACCCAGAAUUCUCGCGUUAGGUGGAAGAUUGACCUCGUUGUUCUUCCGAUAUUUCUUGUGACGCAAGCUUUGCAGUUCAUGGAUAAGACGGCCCUGAACUAUGCAAACCUUUUCGGAUACCAGCAGACCCUCGGCCUUCAUGGUCAGCAGUUCAAUUACCUCUCUGCAAUGGUUUAUGCUGGCUACUUUUUCGGGCAAUAUCCUUGCGGUUGGCUCGUGGGCCGAUUCCCAGCACAACGUGUUCUGGGGUUGAGUUGUCUCCUAUGGGGGUUGACCGUCAUUAUCAUGACUCAAUGUCGGACCUUCUCAAGUGCUCUUGCAGUUCGCUUCAUCAUGGGCCUGUUCGAGGCCGCUGUCACCCCCGGACUCACAUUGAUGACCGGUUUCUGGUACACCCGCCAGGAGAUCCCUCUGCGCCAAUGCAUCUGGUACUCUGCUUUGGGAUGGGGUGGCAUCAUCGGCUCAUAUAUCUCCUUCGGGAUCAGCAAGCUGCCCAUGGACUUUUCGCCCCCGCGGUGGGAGCUGUUGUUCUAUAUCCUCGGGGCUGCGACCUGUCUCUGGGCUGCAGUCAUCUUCUUUAUCCUGCCCGACUCCCCUUCCACCGCGUUCUUCCUGACCAAGUCGGAACGCAUUAUUGCAGUCAAACGAGUGGCCGCUAACCAAACGGGUAUUAAGAACAAAUCAUUUGACACACGCCAGGGGCUGGUCGCCCUGACGGAUCCCAAAGCUAUACUGAUCUUUAUAUCGGUAUUUGCCGCCGCUAUUCCAAACGGCGUUGUGAAUUCCUUCUCGACGAUCAUCAUCCAAGACAUGGGAUUCUCCACUACGAAGACCACUCAACUGAAGUCUGUCGGAGAUGCAGUACUUAUCGUGGCGUUGGUGAUCGGAGGUACUAUAACGUUGACUGUCCCAAACAGUAGACUGCUCACAUCAACUGCUGCAAAUAUCUUGUGCACUGUGGCGGCUGCGUGCAUGGCCUAUCUCCCUCGAGAGAAAACAUGGGCUAGACUGGCUUGUUUCUGGCUGGUUAAUACACAGUCGGUAGGGUUCACGAUCUCCCUGGUCACAAUCUCAUCCAAUAUGGCCGGCUAUACCCAUAGAGCUAUGGCGAAUGCAUUGGUGUUUACCGCUUAUUGCUGGGGUAAUUUUGCUGGGCCUUUUGUCGUGAAACCAUCCGAGGCGCCUGAAUACAAGGGGGCCACCAUCGGUCUUCUCGCCGGGUAUGCGAUCAAAGCAGGCUGCCACCUAGGAUUGUUCACCUACAUGUUUUUGGUCAAUCGCCAUCGCGAUUCCCACUACGGCCCAGCCGACAGGGCUCGCAGUGACGAAGCGGGGAUGCAGGAUCGCACGGAGUUUGAGAAUAAGGAUUUCCGCUAUGUGCUAUGA